CCCAAGUAGAAAGUACGACCUGCGUCUGCGCGAAACCGUCUACAGGAACAUAACAGUGCAAGAUGUCCAGUUCGACGGUCACGAAAUUAGCACCUGUCAAAAGGUCUUUUGUAAAACUUAUUCAGACAAGAUGUGCCCAGACCUCAGCUGCAACAGCCUCACAGACAGCAAGGAUGAAGAAGUUCGCUGUUUAUAGAUGGGAUCCAGAAAAGCCUGGGGACAAACCCAAAAUGCAAACAUAUGAAGUGGAUCUAAACAACUGUGGUCCUAUGGUUCUUGAUGCACUCAUUAAGAUAAAAAAUGAAAUGGAUCCCACACUCACUUUUCGACGAUCUUGUCGCGAAGGCAUCUGUGGCUCCUGCUCUAUGAAUAUUGGCGGCGGCAACACAUUGGCAUGUUUAUGUAAGAUAGAUGAUAAUUUGGGUAAAACAACCAAAGUGUACCCUCUGCCUCACAUGUAUGUCAUCAAAGAUUUGGUUCCAGACAUGAGCAACUUUUACGCUCAGUAUAGAUCUAUUGAACCCUAUCUGAAGAAAAAGGAUGGCAGUGAAAAAAACAUUGGGGACACACAGUAUCUGCAAUCCAUGGGAGACAGGGCUAAACUGGAUGGUCUGUAUGAGUGUAUCUUGUGCGCCUGUUGCAGCACUUCCUGUCCCAGUUACUGGUGGAAUUCGGACAAAUAUCUCGGACCUGCUGUCCUCAUGCAGGCCUACAGGUGGAUGGUGGACUCAAGAGAUGAUUACACCAGUGAGAGACUUUUCCAGAUGGAGGACAAAUUCUCUGUGUAUCGAUGUCACACAAUCAUGAAUUGCACGAAGACCUGUCCAAAAGGUUUGAAUCCGGGACUUGCCAUUGGAGAGAUCAAGAAAAUGUUGGCCAAAUACAAUAGCAAAGAAGCCAAAGAGUUGGCCACAGCCUAACCUCACUUCUUCCUCUGUAACAGCUUUUGUCCUAACCUGCAUCCAAAACGGUCCAGGAUUCACAGGUCUUGUGAUUAGAUAAAUUCUUAUCUGCUUUUCAUCUUGACCGUACAGAAGAAAAUCUGAAAGUUCGAAAUAAUUUUUGAACAUUUUAUACACUAGUGACCAGUGUAUUGUCGUGCAAAAAUCCAGAGAAUGCAUAUGUAUAACACAACCGCAUAAUUAUUAUGUUCACUGUCUUUGUACAGAUCCCAGAUUCUUAGAAUAUUGUUUUUUAAAGUAUAUUGUUAAAGACAGUUACAUGGGUACAGUGAUGCGCUUGCUCUUUUUUUGUUUUAUUUAUAGUGCAUGGAUAUAUGAAAGCAAAAUUAAAUGUUUAUUGUUA